AUGACUUCAGCCAGCAAUUCCCACGGUCCGGGUACCUUUCCGGCUAAUGCUGUGACUGGAGCAGCAUCUUCACCAAAGUACCAUUGGUAUCGUGGAGUCUUCUUCCAGGCCACUGUCGUCGGCAUUGCCGCAUUCACGGCCCCUGGACUAUGGAAUGCUAUGAAUUCUGUUGGUGCCGGCGGCCAACAAUCGCCGUAUUUAGUUAUGGCAGGAAACGCUGUACUAUUCUCUCUGAUGACAAUAACCUGUCUCACGGGAAGUAUCAUUGCGAACCGCUUCGGGUUGAAGGCAACCUUUGCUUUCGGAACUAUGGGCUAUGCGGUGUACUCCGCUGCUCUUUACACCAACAACCGUUAUGGGACUAAGUGGUUUAUCUACGUUGGUUCCGCUGCUUGUGGUAUCACAGCUGGCUUAUUUUGGGCGGCGGAAGGCGCUAUCAUGCUCAGCUAUCCGGAACCAGAAAACCGAGGCAAAUAUCUUGCGUACUGGUUAUGCUACAGGAACAGUGGCAACAUCCUAGGCGGUGUUAUUAACCUCGCCUUCAACUACCAAGGCAAGAGAACAGGGAAGCUGGAUUGGCGAACGUAUAUCGUGUUCGUGGUCUUGCAAUGUCUCGGGCCUCUUGUUGCCCUGCUCCUCUCCCCACCCGAUAAAGUCGUCCGACGGAACGGCACCCGGGUCCAGAUCGUUGAGCGUAUUUCUGACUCGGCUGAACUCAAAGAGCUGGGACGUCUCAUGCUACGAAAGGAGUUCCUCCUGGUCACGCCAUUCUUCAUCUACGUCAACUGGUUGCUACCUUACAGCAGCUCCUACCUGUCACUCUACUUCACCAUCCGCGCCCGAGCACUGGCAUCCCUCGUAUCGGCGCUUGCCCAGAUCGCCGGUACCGCUGCGCUGGGAAGCUUCUUGGACUGGAAGCGUCUCUCGCUGACCACGCGCGCACGGGUUUCUUAUGCGUUUCUGAUGGCGCUUAUCGGUGGUUGCUGGAUUUGGGGCACUGUCGUCCAGGCCGAUUACGCCAGGCACAAGCCCUCCCUCGACUGGGAUGAUGCAGGUUUCGGUCGGGGAUGGGCGCUGUACAUCAUGUGGCAGGUCAACUUUGCGCUGACUUACAACUUCGGAUACUGCUUGGUCGGAUGGAUGUCACGUCAUCCUAGCGACAUCGUCAGAUACACGAGCGCUGCAAGAGCUCUCGAAAGCGCAGGACAGUGCAUCGGCUCCGGCAUCAGCUCAACGAGUGCGCCUAAUUGA